AUGCCAGACAACGCACGGCCAGUCGGCCUUCUUUUUGACAUUGGAGGAGUUUGUGUUGUGUCCCCAUUUCAAGCUAUUCUGGAUUACGAGUUGUCGCAAAAUAUCCCUCCAGGCUGGGUGAACUUCAGUAUUUCCCGGACAUCCCCCAAUGGCAGUUGGCACCAGCUGGAGCGCGGCGAAAUCCCGAUGGAUGCCAGCUUCUUCGCCGCAUUCAAUGAAGAUUUGCGAAACCCAACUCUAUGGAAGCAGUUCCACGAGCAGCUGGCGCAAAAGAAUGGGGGGAAUGGAUUAGCUUCCAUCCCUCCGCUCCCGAAGGUUGACGCCGAAUGGCUUUUCUGGGAAAUGAUGAGGAUAUCGCGUACCCCGGAUCCAUAUAUGUAUCCGGCACUGAAAAAGCUGCGAAAAUCCGGCCAGUAUCUGAUGGGCGCCCUCUCCAACACGGUCAUAUUUCCGGAGGGCCAUCCCUAUAACGGGGAUACAUCCGGCGUCAAGUCUCAGUUUGACUUCUUCAUCUCAUCCGCACACACGGGACUUCGCAAGCCAGAUCCGAAGAUCUAUGAGGUCGCGCUUCAGGAGAUGACCGCUUUGGCGAAACAGCGCGGAAGUCCGGGAAUUCAGCCGUCGGACAUUGUCUUCUUUGAUGAUAUCGGAGAGAACUUGAAGGGUGCGAAGCGAGCUGGGAUGCGCACCGUCAAAGUCACACUAGGGAAGAUCGAAGAUGCCGUCAAAGAGUUAGAGAGGAUCACCGGUCUCUCUUUGCUAGAAGAUGAGGGCAAGGCGAGACUUUAG